ACGAGGGUGGUGCCACGUAGGGUGGCUUGUGCGACAAACUAACUGCUGACGUGUCUGAUUACCUGUGUUGUGCUAGUUCUGGCGGCAAGCAAAAAUGCCCCGGAUGGCCAUCAUGCAACGCGCGCCAGCGGCCAUCUUGAUGACCGUGGCGCCAACUCCCGGUAGUAGCAGCGGCUCUAAGGUAGCAGGUGAGCUCGCGUCUGGUCAAUCGUGGGGCCCAUCGAUCUCCACGUGUGCGAUCGACGGCGCGGCGACACGUUUCGACAUUUCACCUCGACCUUCUCGUCCUCCUCUUUCCUGUUCCUACGACCAGAUGCAGGCCAGCAAGGCUGUGACAGUGACCGGACUACGUAGAGCGUUGCCAGCCUGCAGCGCCGUGGGCCGGCGGCAUUGGCGCGCAGUAGACACGUCAGCGCGCAUCGGAAGCGCGCACAGGCUGGGCUCGGUGAACCACGCCCUCUAUGAACGCCACGCGGCACUCGAUCUGCAGACAUGGAGACAGUGCGAAAUGGGUUAUGAUGGGAGAGCGAGGAUCGAUAGCAUAAGAUGCUCCUCUUCUUCUUCUUUUUCCUCUUCUUCUUCUUCUUCUUCUUCUCCGUCCUUGAGGGUGCUGAGCUGGUGGUCUGGGAACGUGCUUACUGAACGCCGCCAGUUUGCCAAAGGGAUGCAGCCGGGUACGGCGGGCCUUCAGAACCGAAGUCUGGCUAUGGCGUCUGCGUCACAGAACGACGGCGCCGCCGCCGCCGCCGCCGUUGGAUCGUCAGUUUCACAAUCCGACGGUGGAGAUCAGAGUGCUUCUGCCGAAGCUGCAGCUUCGGUAGCAGCAGCGGAGAGGUCCGAAUCCUCAACGGAAGUCGAAGAGGUUGAUUGGCAGGAGGUGUAUGAGAGACAGGGUGACGUGGCAAGACUGCCACCUGUCGAGCAAGCGCGGUCGUUGAUUGCAAAGGCGGGCUCGGCUGUGCUUGUCACCAAAUCGGUCCGGUUUAGUGAUUACCCUUUCGGAUCCAAGGUGAAGUUUGCGGUGGACGACAACGGUUUUCCUCUUUUGGCAGUGUCUUCCCUCUCUCCUCACACCCGCGAUUUGACGGAACACCCCCAGUGUGCCAUCAUGGUCUCGACCGAUUUGAACCAAUUGCCGGCGCCCACGUGUACGCUGAUGGGAGACGCCGCCGAGGUGGUGGACGAGGCGGAUCGCGCAGCCGUGAGGGAGGCGUAUCUGCGCAAGCAUCCCGACGCGAUGUGGGUGGAUUUCGGAGAUUUCCAUUUCGUUCGGAUCACUCCCAUCCGACUCCGCUACACGGCGAACGUUGGCAACGUGGCACAAGGCGCCAGUGUUAGAGAGUUCUCUCGAGAGGAGUAUGAGGCGGCGUCCCCCGACGCAAUCGCGUUGGUCGAGACACCUAUCAUCUCGCACAUGAAUCGGGAUCACGCGGAAGCGACGAGGGCGAUGGCGGAGCUUGCGCUCGGGAUCCCGGUAGAUGCGGCGCGGAUGGUAGCAAUGGAUCGUCUGGGGUUCGAGGCGGAAGUGGAUGCAGGCGGACUCCGCAGGGUCCAGGUGCGGAUCCCGUUCUCUAGGCCCGCGGAAUCGCGACGAGAUGUUAAGGACAUCAUUGUCGAGAUGUCCAGGGAGUCUAUGCGCGCAGCGGGCGCAAGCCAUCAUCGCGACACAACCACCGCCUCCCCCCCUACCGCGGCGGGGACGCCUUCCACCUAGCUCUCUCUCUCUCUCUCUCUCUCUCUCUCUCUCUCUCUCUCUCUCUCUCUCUCUCUCUCUCUCUCUCUCUCUCUCUCUCUCUCUCUCUCACCGUUAUCUUGGUAGUUAGCUAGUUGAGUACUCUUGAUGAUGAGGCGGCAGUCCUGUCACGGAACUUCCGUGCCAGCUGGCUGGGCAUGGUGUGCUUGGCCUGCAGUGGAGGGGAAUAGACGAGGUGGUUGUGUCCUAGGGUCUAGAGGUAGAUGUAGUCACACAAUUUCAAUUUCAGACUGCAUGACAGUACGCUGUGCGACCUCUAUUGUUCGUCAGCUGUGUGACAGAUCUGAGUGACCUCUACUGUCGCGUAGGCUGGUUGUAUGUAUGAAGGUCAGGUGGCGUGGGGCUUGUAUAAUUACGUGUGCGCGCGAGCGAUCUUAGGAAGUGUAGGUUGCGUGAGAUGAUGAACGGUGCACGACGGUGACCGAACCAGUAUGAGGAUGACGCAAUUUUUUUUUUUUUUUUUAAAGGAAGGAAGGGUAAAUUCAGCCGUUCGCUGCUGCGAGUUGGUGGUCGUCGUUUGUUGGUGCUCAUCAUUGCUGAGUGUGUAACGGACGACGGUUGUAUUCCCAUAC